GGUAAGAGAUCUUAAUCGUUCUCGAAGUCGAAAAAUAUAGUAAUUUGCCGCCUCUCUCUCGCUCUCGGCCGCCGACUGAUGGAAUCCUUGCCUCCGCCUUCGUCUCCGCCCACAUCGCUGCCAACGCCUCGCUCUUCACUCCCUGAAAACCCUGUUUCACUAUUCCAACAGCAACCACUCCCUCUACCGUCGCCUCCGCCGCGCAGGAGGCCGAGGCGGAAGCCAGUCGCCGCUGCAGAGGUCGCCGAAGCGCGAUCGUUUAUGGCGGCCGCUCAGCCGGCAAGAAGAGGGAAAAUAGGAGCUUCUUCAACCGCCUCGAGGAGAUCUCGAGUGAAAAUCCCUAAACCGGAGGAGGAAAUCGUUGGGGAGGGGACGACUGAUGUUACUCACGGCAAUGAUGAGGACGACGAUGUUGGGAGAGCAAAGAAGAGGAAGAGGGGUAAAGAAAAGGUUGCUUCCGUGGAAACCUCGACAUCUGUGCUUCUCGCUCCCAAUUCCAGCCGUUCCCAUUUGGAUGCAGAUAUCUCCCACGAUGAUCCGUUUGUUGGCGAAAAAGGUUCGUUUGAGCGAUUUGUCGAGUUGAUCAUGUGGAAAGAUGUUGCAAAAUCCACCCUUUGGUUUGGAUCUGGUUCGGCUUUCUUCCUAUCAUCUUUUUGCUCAACGGACUCAAGAUUUAGCGCCCUUUCAGCCUCGUCUCACAUUGGUCUCUUGGUCGCGAGCAUCGCCUUUGUCAAAAAUACAAUAUCUCAGAGGCAGAAAUGUACCACUAGAGCAUACUUCCAAUUGACAGAAGAUGACAUCCUUUGUGUUGCUCGAGUUGUUUUGCCGGCUGUCAACACAUUCCUAACCAAGGCCCAAGACAUAUUUUCUGGUGAUCCAUCAUGGACUCUUAAGAUAGUGCCAGUUCUUCUCCUUGGUGCAAACUAUGGCCACCUAAUAACCUUUUGGAGGCUUCUGGCAACUGGCUUUUUUGCAACCUUCACAUUACCCAAAUUAUACUGUCUCAAUACACCACAAAUACACCAAACAGCUGAGAAUGCAGCACACUGGGUACUGGAGGCAUGGAAUUCUUGCCGUAGGAAGAAGUUUAUUGCAGCAUCAGCAGCCACAAUAUUAUGGAACUUUUUUAGUGCAAAGACACGCUUCUUUGCAGCAUUUAUCUUCAUUGUGAUGCUUCGCUAUCGCCAACAAGUCAAGCAAGAAGAAAGUGGAAAUGAAGGGAAGGAAUUAGAGCAACCACAAGGAAUGGUGGUAGCUGGAGAAACACCACCUAUGAUGCAACUUGAUUGAGUAGAUCUAAAGUCAGGAGCUACUUAAUCCAGGGUUCAAUAUCACUUGGUUCAAACUGGAUCUCAAAAGAGGAGCAGCAAAAGGAGGUAUCAAAUAGUUUAAGGCAUUUAGAGAUCAGUGAUGAGUGCAGACAUCGGAUGAAGAUCAGAGACUUACAAGCUAUAUGAGGCUGAGAUUUUCGAAGAAAAUUAACUCAAUAGUCACGCAAAUAGACAUCAAUUUGUUCAUCUUGUGUAAUGAACACUGCGAACCAAGUUGCUGUAAUGAAUUUCCAUUUUCCUUCUUUACCUCAAUGUAAUUACUUCAAAUUUGCAUAUUGC